AUGAAAGAAAUUUUUGAAAAUCGGAUUGCACAAGGUAUCGAAGGUUUGAUAGUGGCCAAGAAUAGACUAACAGGGCAGAAGCCCAGGAGCAUAUUUCACAUAGCGAACCAAAAAAACUUUAAAUCUAAAAACAAAGCAAAACCGGUUACCACAAAUCUUAAGAAGGUAAACAUUGUGAAUAACGAAAAAGUUACCAGAGUAAAUAAAGCUUUUGUCGAUAUACAGAAGGAACUUGCGCAUUUCUCAAAAGGACUUUCCCUCGAACCACUGCAGAAAACACUGAUUCCUCAGCAUCAGCAUAAAAACCAUCCAGUCAAUAUCGACGAGGCUACAAGAUUAAUGGCCCAGUUGUAA